CACAAUAAACCAUAAAAAGGAUUAACAUCAGUAACUCUCUCUCUCAUUGACGUAUUGGGAGGCUUGUGUGUGAGAUAAGAUAUAACAUUUCUGUCUCAUUUUUGUGAUAGACACAGUAUCGUGCGGUGACCAUGGCCACUUUAGCGAGACAGAUAAUAAAAAAUGCCAAACGUGUUGGCUCGAGGAAUAUAUUUGUUUCUGCUAAGAGUUUCCAUGAAGCCAGCACACAAUUGCCCCUGACGUUCUUGUCUGAGGACGAGAAGGCCAUGCAAGAAACAGUGGCUCGCUUGUCAAAAGAACAAAUUUUGCCACACGUGAAAGACAUGGAAAACGACAAGAAAAUUAAGGAUUCGGUGCUUAAGUUGCUGUUUGAAAAUGGCCUUAUGGGUAUUCAUACACCUGCAGAGUACAACGGAUCAGAUUGUAACUUUUUGACAGCAAUGCUAAUAGUAGAAGAGCUGUCAAAAGUCGAUCCUUCAGUGGCGGCGCUAGUGGACAUUCACAACACCUUGGUAAACUCGGUUUUUAUUAAAUACGCCAAUAAGGAGCAAAAGGAGAAGUAUUUGCCACGAUUGUGCACAGAUAUGGUGGGUAGUUUCGCUUUAACCGAACCAUCAUCAGGCACGGACGCUUUUGCCCUUAAAACGACCGCGAAAAAGGUCGGGAACGAAUACGUGCUGAACGGAUCGAAAAUGUGGAUUUCCAAUUCGGACUUUUCCGGGGUGUUUUUAAUUAUGGCUAACGCUGAUACUUCUAAGGGCUACAAAGGAAUUACGUGUUUCAUAGUGGAUCGAGACACUCCCGGAUUCACCAUAAACAAACCGGAAGAUAAACUGGGUAUUGUCGCUUCCGGUACAUGCAUGUUAACACUGGAAGAUGUAAAGAUCCCGGAAACGAAUGUCCUUGGGGAGGUGGGACAAGGGUAUAAAAUAGCGAUAGAAGUGUUAAAUGAGGGUAGAAUAGGAAUCGCGUCGCAGAUGUUGGGUUUGGCCCAGGGAUGUUUUGACGUUACCAUCCCAUAUACGUUAGAAAGGAAGCAGUUUGGACAGUCUAUAUUUAAUUUCCAGGGUAUGCAACAUCAAAUAGCCCAUAUAGCGACCCAAAUCGAAUGCGCUCGUUUGCUCACAUACAACGCGGCCAGAUUACUGGAACAAGGGGUGCCAUACAUUAAGGAGGCUUCGAUGGCCAAAUAUUACGCUUCAGAAGUAGCCCAACAGGCCACCAUCAAAUGUAUCGACUGGAUGGGCGGUGUUGGAUUUACCAAAGAUUUCCCACAAGAGAAGUUUUACAGGGAUUGUAAGAUAGGCAGUAUUUACGAAGGUACUAGCAACAUUCAGCUCACGACAAUCGCCAAAGCUAUUUAUAAGCAGUUUAGUCAAUAAGUGAUAUUGUGAUUUAUACUGUUUGAGAUAUAUUAUCUUUUUGUGUAUGUUUUUUAUUCGAUCAAAAAAAAAUUAAGAAAUAAAGAUUGUUGUUGUUUUAGGAUAUCUAAUCUUAGUUAUGUGAACUUUAAACUCGAUUUGACAAUAUGAUUGUCAUUAACUAUGUUGGGCAACCGCGUUGAUCUGUUAAUAGUAAGGAAUUCUAAUCCGAAUGUCAGAAGUGUAAUAGUUUUCUAUUUUUAUCGUUUUUGUUUGUCAAGUUAGGCAGGUUGUAUAUUCAAAACGUGCCUUUAAUUAAUAAAGAACUUUUUACUAU